AUGAAAAAAUCUGCCGCAUUCCAUUGGACAAUGGAUAAUCAUGAAGAUAUUAAGAACCUUAUGAGUUUUGACUGGGGUCACGCUGCAAACGGCUCGAGCACCAUCAGGGGCAUAAGAGGCAAGGCAGUGUAUGUUGGAUAUGGAGCAUGUGGCGCGUUCACACUGAACGAGAAUCUCCUUAAAAGUUGCGUUUUCGAUGCUUCCUUAUGUAACAGUGGGUUCACAUUGAUGCUCUGGCUGUGGUACAAAAUUAAGGAUUCAGGCGAGGGACAACUAUUUCUCACAUCCAGUGGAAAUAACCGAACAGGUCAUAGAAUGUACCAAGUUAACAGUGACAGUCCUCAGGUAUGGCCGCUCAUUAUUUUUUUAACAAAACCGUAUUAUAAAAACACAGGGCUGAGAGUUUUUCGGUAGGUUUUUUGUAGAUGUUGCUAGAAACUUUGGUUAUGAUCGUCUGCCGAUUUGGCACAUAGUGUCGACUUUAAUAUCGCGUUGCUUUAUCCUAAUUCUUACACAUAAAAAAAUGUUAAGUCUUAGCACUCUUUUUUAAGACUUUCAAAAUCGCUGCCAUCUUGGUAACUAUAGUACAUGACGUCACAGCACACAAACUGCACCACAACCAAUAACAUGGACGUUCGGUUAACCGAAUUCCAAAUAUAGGUGUUCUUACACACCCUUUGUAUUGACCAUUACAAGAAAACACGACAUCACAAAUUACUUGGAUUUGACCAAAAUGUUAAAAGACAUAGGUACCACCGUCAAGAUGAAACGAAGUGACGCUCACAUGGAAGCGUGGUCACUUGGCAAGCACAAGUAUCCUAAAGGGUAUUGGCUAUAAUCCAAAUAAAUGCCACCCCAAGUCCCAGGCCCCCAAAGAAAUAAAAAGUACACAAUGGGAAGAAGAAGCAUAAAAAUUCUAUUUGCAAGCAAAUAUUUCCUUUAUUAUCUUUUCUAGGUGGCGUUUGAAGUCUCCAGUACCAACAAAAAAUGCGUCGUUACAUUUCCGACACCAAAGGAAGUAUGGACACAUUACGUACUAACGUACAAAACCUUUGACAGCCUGAAUAGCAUAGAAGUGUUUAUAAAUGGUGAAGAGGUGAUGAAGUUUACUUCUAAGGAGUGUUACGAUGGUAAUUUUGACCAGGAUAAUUUUACGGCAAUUUCCAUUGGAGAGGACGAUUCAGGUAGAGGACUUCCUGUGGCAGCUUUUGACGACAUAGUUAUCUGGUACAGAUCUGUAACCAAAGAGGAAAUAAUCGAUAUUUACAGUUACUAUAAAGGUAAUUUGUUUGUCGUAGGCCUCUAAUUUUACUGAAAUUCAAUGGACAUUCGAAAUGGUGUUCUCUUAUGGAGUGCUUUAUAUCACUGUUUAUAUAGAAGUUAAGACGAACUUUUUUCCGAGGAAUUUUUUUAAUACUGGUAUCCCUUCUUCCCUACUGUAGUGGUACCAACUCAACUUGCCUUAUAUCUGCCCUCAGUGAGUCUUGCUUUGUCUUUAACAGCUUAGUAUAUUUUCCGUUAUAUUUUUUCCAAAUUUUUGCAGGUGAUUCUAACUUGCAGCUUCACGUGAGCGUUGGUUUUACCGGUGUCCCCUGGAAAGAAGACAUGCUGGACAGGGAAUCAAAUGCUUUCACGUCUUUCACAGAAAACUUAUCAAAUAAUGUAAGAGUUUCAUGUUGCAUUUUAUUUAUGAGCUACCAUUCGAUCAUAAUAAUAAUACUAAUAAGAAGAAGGAGAAGAAGAAGAAUAACACAGUUCAUACUAUACUACUCAUAUAAGAUGUUUCUUUGUUUCCUUCUGCAGCUUAAAAACAUCGCAAAUGGAAGCGUCAGUGAAGUGGUUGUUCAUAAAUAUUGGUACGUUGGUGGAAACCAUUUGUCAUCAUACUGAAAUCGCUUAAUCCGUGAGAGACGGAUAAGAUAGCAAAGAUACAUGGCAACAUAAGUAAUAUUUCGUGAAGAAAAUUGUGCAAUUUUUAGUCCCUAUAUGCAAUUAAAAAUUUCACUAAUCACGAAUUUUUGGUGUAUUUUUAGGUCAGAAGCAAACGGUUUCAUUGGCUGCGAGUUUACCGUUAAAUUUAUAGAGGCAGGAUACACUGCGGUCGAACCUAUUAUAAACGGGCUGGAAACAAGCUCAUAUCAAGUUCACAAUCUUGAAGCGAAUGACAGUAAGUUCAAUUCGUCUGUUAUGACUCUAUUAAGUUAUAUUUGCGCGACGCAAAAAAAAAUGUUCAUCGAUUAUUUUGAGAUACGAAAAGCGUUCCAACAGCAAAGAUUGUAAGCAAGCUAAACGUUAACAAAGUGAAAGUUUACUGGUUUUUGAAAUCCAAAAAUACAAGAAAUUAAAAAAUGGCAAACACUUACGAAAGUGUAACUACUGCAAGUAAAAAAUAUUAUAGUCAUUAGGCACCUAAUAUUUCGACUUGUGUUAGUAAAUCAAAUUGAAAUACAGCUGUUUUUAAGAAGUAUAAAUUAAUUCUUUUACAUUUUGUCAAUAGGUUUAUUCUAAAGGCGUUAAGUGCCUGUAUUUUUUUUCUUCUUUUUUAGUAUACACAAUGGCAGUUAGCCUCCAGGCUCCAAACGCCUCUAAAGAACACUCAAUCGAACUUACCGUCACAUGGAUUGGACCAGAUGAGCUGCUACAUGGCGUGUUUCAAGGUUUUCAGAUAUUUUACAGAGAUACUAAACGUGGAAUAGACUGUAAUGUGACUGCGAGAAUGAAUGUCUCAUUUUACGAGAUACAGAAUCUGACGGCUUACACAGAGUAUAGGAUUACAGCUAGAACGUUUACUCUGGAAGGUGAAGGAAGAAUGAGCAAUCCUAUUUUCAGAUGGACAGCUGCCCUUGGUAAUUUUGAUUAAUAAUUAUUGAAUGGGGCUAAGCAUGAUAUGAAGAAUUAUGAAGAUCGAGGAGGGUGUUAUCCACCGGGGACGAAGGCCGGGUUGGAUGGCAUCCUCAGUAAUUCCUCUUUUUCUUCUUCACAUAGCCGUGAGGUCUUCGCCAUGUUCUUGAAGUUCUGUACUCAUGCACGCCGCUGUCUUGGGUGAUGUCAAUCGUGGAUAAUUUUAAUAUAAAAUCAUUGACGUCUGAGUGACUGACGUCAAUAAUGGUGUACCAUAAUUAUUUUCCAAAUUUGUUCAUCGCGAUCUGGUUAUGAAGAAUUAGCUGGAGAAUAAAAGCCAAUCGAAAAGGCGAAAUAUUUCGAAUGAAUAACACUACAAAUUAAGUCGAUGACUAAAGACUUAGAGUCUUAAUCACUCUCUGGCCUGCCUUAAACGGAAGGACUUUUAAUUUGACUGAUAUCUUGUAUUUGCUUUUAAGCCCCUACCACGGCUCCUACGUCCAUCACUGCAUGUAACACGAGCUCAACAAGUCUUCGUGUCUCUUGGAACAAAAUCCCUGCCGAACAAGUUGAUGGAAAGAUAAAGGGAUACACUGUGCUGUACUUUGCUGUCGAGGAUGGUAAUGACACUACAGCGAAUGUCACCUUGGAGGAUGGGAGCGUUAACCAAACAAUCCUGACUGGUCUUCGCAAGUAUACACAGUACAGCAUUCAAAUACUGGGUUUUACAGAGAGAGACAAGAUGGGCCCGAUUAGCAGUCCCGUUUUCUCUAGGACAGACCAAGAUGGUGAGAAUUAGUUAACCUUUGUUCUUCUUAAAUCAUGGUAGCUCCGUGUCAAUUCGGGUUUCUGGGAGCAGCUCGCACUUAUUUUAAGGAGAUAUCUAAGUACUGGCCGAAUAAACUCUUUAUUCGUGAAUCUAUUUAUUUUUUUCUUGAAUAGUUCCAAGUCUUCCACCGACAAACGUGACUGCUUAUAGCACUGGCUCAACCAGUAUUCUUGUUCUUUGGGGCCCAGUUCCCAAAGAAGGAGGGCACGGAAUUGUUGGUUACAAAGUUUCUUACAAAAAGGAAAAUGAACCUAACAACUGGAGGAACGCGUCUUGCUCCCAAAUAUCAUGGUGUGAAAUAAAUGAUCUUGAUUAUGGCAUUUGGUACGGCAUUCGUGUGGCUGGAUUUACUGUCAAAGGAUAUGGACCCAGUACCCAAGUGGAAGCAAAAACUUUCAGGGGUGGUAAGUUGCUUACAGACAUAAUCAUGGUUUUUGAGAUCGUAAAUUAUUACUGUUUGGAAGAAAGAGAAAUCAAACAUCAGAAAGCCUAGAAAAAACCUGAGCUAUAAGUAAGACCUGGUCAGUUCUGUUUAGUCUGUUCAGCUGAUUUGGACAUACUUUGUCGCUGUUCAUUCUCCCAGUACGUCAGAUUUUCUAGUUUUAUGUUUAUGCACAAGAUUUCCACCCGGAUGGUUUGUGAAAAUGGUGAGCAUCCUAAACUCGCUACCCUCGAGUUUGAGAUCGGACGCUUUAACCACUGAGCUACUGAAGGCUGUAAGGAGAACAGGGUCGAAAUUUGAUAAUAAUUACACCAGCCAUAGAGGACUUUGGUACUCUAUCUAAUGUCAUUGGUAAGCCUGUGCUUGGCUGGUACCCAGAUGCUUGUGGGACUCUCUUAUAAGUUUUAUUACUUUUGCAUUAGUAUAUUGAGACCCUAACAAUAUAGCUACUGUUACAGUUCCAGGUCCGCCAACAAAUGUUCAAGGCUACAACACUAGCUCCACUAGUCUAAACAUCACAUGGGAUCAUGUGCUUCCAAAUGAAAGAUAUGAAGAUGUAAUUGCCUACAAAAUCAUCCUUAAAUCCGUGAAUGAUCCAACUGAAGUGCCAGUGGUAUUACAGAGAAUGAAAGCAGCUUGUGACGGCAGUAAUGACAUGUACUCGCAUGAAACUCAUCUAAAUAUGUUCACGCCUUACGAAAUCACCGUGGCGAGUGUAGUGCGCACGGGGAUUGGAAAUUUCACUGAAAAGAUAACUGUUUUGACUGACGAAGACGGUGAGUAUCUUUAUACAGGGGCGGGGUACCCCUGCACCCUCCUCUUACCCCAGAUAUACCUGCCUUACAACAGAUACCCUUUCUUCCAUUCAAUUGUGAGGUAAAGCUAGAGUAGGGUGCGGGCGGACGUUCCUAUCUUUGUCCCGAACCCACGAUUAUGUUGACAGUAUCUCCACAAUACUGAUAUCUAUAGCUAACAGGUAUAUUAGAUCAGUGUUUGUGGUUGAAUACAAAAACUGCAGUUAACUCUGUGUUUUCGGAUGGCUCCCUGAAAUGUUGAUCCUUGUCUUCGGUGACUAGCUAGAGUAGGGUGCGGGCGGACGUUCCUAUCUUUGUCCCGAACCCACGAUUAUGUUGACAGUAUCUCCACAAUACUGAUAUCUAUAGCUAACAGGUAUAUUAGAUCAGUGUUUGUGGUUGAAUACAAAAACUGCAGUUAACUCUGUGUUUUCGGAUGGCUCCCUGAAAUGUUGAUCCUUGUCUUCGGUGACUAGCUAGAGUAGGGUGCGGGCGGACGUUCCUAUCUUUGUCCCGAACCCACGAUUAUGUUGACAGUAUCUCCACAAUACUGAUAUCUAUAGCUAACAGGUAUAUUAGAUCAGUGUUUGCGGUUGAAUACAAAAACUGCAGUUAACUCUGUGUUUUCGGAUGGCUCCCUGAAAUGUUGAUCCUUGUCUUCGGUGACUAAAUUAAUUUCCGCUUAGUGAGGAGUUCGCCUAGUCAUGGCUGUCUAGGGGGCGGGAACGCUGCUAAAACGGAAAGACAUUUAGUGCAGGUAUGAUCCCAGCGGUGGCUGAUUGAAUCUUAGAGACGGUUAAUUGCACAUAACCUUUCCUUUUGAAUUUUGUUAUAGCACCUGAAGGGAGCCCACAAAACAUCACCCCAGCGGCUACAUCCGCCACAAGUGUAACACUCGCUUGGGAACCGCUAACCAAUAACGUCGCUAAUGGACUCAUUCUGGGAUACCACAUUUUCCUGUUUGACAAACUCAGAAACGUGACUCGUAACCUUACAGUGGAGUCGCUAGAUGAGGCACACGUAGAAGAUCUAUUUCCCUACACGGACUAUGAAGCUCACAUUGUACCAUUCAACAGCAAAGGUGAAGGAAACGCUAGUGAAGUUAUUCCCAUCAAGACUAAAGAAGCUGGUAAGGUUUUCAGCUCUACAUGAUGAUAGAGACCUUUAGAUUCGACGACGAGGACCCGUAGACCCGUAGCAGAAUGACGAUGGCCAUCACGUUUUCCCGCCAAAAUGAAGCUGGUUCACGCGCGCGCACCCCUUGUAUAUACGUAGCCGUCCACGUCAUAGAAUUAAAGGUCUCUAAUAAGCAAAACAGCAACGUUUUUCUUCGUUUUGUAGUUUGACAGCGAAGCUCUUGGGAAGACUCGACGGAGGCCACUAAUCGCGCCUCAGAGCUCGCCUCACGGGAUAGUGAUUUUAUGAAGCUCUUAAAAUAUACUUUUCUCUGUUUUGAAGGGGUAAAGCAAAAACAAUACGCCGAGCAGAAAGCAGACAUCAUCAACCGUCGUGAUAAACGAUGCCGGUUAUAGUGUUGUCAUUUUUAAUUUGAACCUUCUUGGACUCUUGCGAUAAAUUUAUUUUAAAAGUUGAUUACUUGUGAUCAUGUUUCUAGAACUUACAGUUUACCGACCCUUAAACGAUGAACCUCAGGACUAUUAUUUUCCUUUCAGCUCCCAGCCGUCCGCCCUCUAAUUUAACAGGGCAGGCCCCUAGCUCAUCAUCUUUGACAUUGGCAUGGAAACCAGUAGACGCACAGCACAUAAAUGGUAUACUACGUGCUUACGUCAUCGUUUACUGGAUUACACUUUUUCCUGACACCACACGUGAAAAUAUCACGAUACUAGUCACCAGUGGUCGCACCAAAAGAGCUCUUACUGAUUCCUCUUCACCAAACUUUGAGCUUAGCGGAUUGAAAAAGUAUACAGAGUACACCAUUCAAGUGAUUCCUUUCACCGUCGACUACGGAGUACCGAGCCAUGAGGUCAAUCUGACCACUGGACAGGAUGGUAUGUGUGGAAUAACUAUUUCUCACGCUAGGUAGACUGGAGUACUUUUAGUCAUCUUAGAUUUUAUUAAAAAUUGGCUCUCAGGUGUAAUUAGUUGACGUUCUAAAGGUUUUGGUAUUUAACAAUUAUUCCUCGAGCCCGAAUGGGCUCUGAGUCAAUAGCCCAUGAGGCCGAAGGCCGAAUGGGCUAUUGACUCAGAGGCCAUGAGGUCGAGAGGAAUAAUUGUUUAAGUGAAAUCCAAAUAGUUGGUCAAAGAUAUCAAGAAUAAAAAACUUUGAGCUAGUUAAAGCUAGACUUAAAUCCUUUUUUUUUUUUGCCGCCAAAAAGCCGGCGCUUUUCGCUACUAGUGGGCUAUAACAUAUAGCCUAGUAGUAGCUCAACCAAUCAGCAUUGAUAAUAGACCACUAGUUGGAUUUUACCAAUAUCGUUUGUCCCACGCGUACAAUAGUCACUUAGAUAUUGAUCGCGAUGCUUCGACCACGUGCUGCAGGUCUUCAUCAGGCGAUAGUGUCGAUAUCAUAAAAAAAAUCAUAUGUUUUUUUCGAGCCCUGCACAUACUGUAACAUAAUAUUAUCUUAUCAGUAAUGUGGAACAGAGAAACCAAAUAUUGUAUAUCAGUUAUUUCACAGAAAAUAAUUAUAAAGGUCAUGAGUACCUUUCUUAUAAUUUCUUCUUUUUCAGUCCCAAGUCACUCGCCAAGAAAUAUCACCGCCUUCAACACCAGUUCUACAAGCAUUAAUGUCACGUGGCAACCAAUCCCUAACGAUCACGUGAAUGGAAUACUACUGGGUUAUCGUGUCCUCUACAAGAAGAAAAACAGUCCGAUGGAUGCCUUUCAAAACAUAACAGUAAAUUCAACUUAUCUUGAUGCAGAAAUUACUAGCCUUGAGGUUUAUACAGAGUACGAGUUGAGGAUCGUUGGAUUCACGAUAAUUGGGGAUGGGAAUGUUUCAGAGCCUGUUUUCUGCUUCACGGAUGAGAGUGGUAAUUAUGUUUCCGUUCCCUCAUUACGUAACCUGAGAAAACAGACGACAUUUGGCGACGCCAACAACGGUUUCUCUGCGAAAUGACGUCAGAGAAACAAGCGCAGAAAUUCCAUACUGAUGACGCAUCACUACCCAGAUGUAAGUAGUGCUUCUGAUUGGUUGAAGCACAUUUCACGAGCUGCACGACCAAUCAGAAGCACCACCCAGAUCUGGAUCGGUCGUUUCUAAGAAGUCAUUUCGCAUGGAAACCAAGGGAGGCGUCGCGAAAUAUCGCCUGUUCUCUCAGGCUACUCAUUACGACGACUGGAAUAGACCAGUAAAGAAUAGUUUGGAUCCUAGCCUACCCUGAUAAAACCCUAUGGAAAGGCAUCGCUCAUCGGAGUCCCUCGAUUAAUGAUUAUCAACAGCUUUCCACUGCUUGAAUCUUAGGUGUAGAUUAGGCUCCCCCAUAGGUAAAACCCACGUGACAUCAUUUUGAACCCAACCUCACAAAGGAAGACCUGACGUUUCACUGACAGGUUAGCCUGCGCCUCAAACGUACUCUUAGCCCGGUUAGUAACGUCUGCGAAGCAGCGCUCAUAUCCUUGUUUUAGGCCUCCGAUGGACUCAACGAAUUACCGGAAAUGCGUUUUGAAUUUCACUUCAACCUGAUUGGCAAAUGGGCCAAUCACGGUGCACACUCAAAUUCGGGCACACAGGUGGGUACUCAGUGCAAGGAUUUCGGUGCUGUUUCGCAGACGAACUUAAUUAGAAGUUUAGUUCCAUCCGCGGCACAAGCUACUGACCGGUUGGUCAGUCAAAGUACAGUAAAAAACUGAGUAAAACAAAGAAGGAAACUAAAGGAAUAACUUGUUAGUUGAAAUCCCAGGGCAAGGAAAAAGGAUUUUAUGUGUUACUUCUUAGAGAGCGUGUCUUCUGACAGAAAAUAAGAAAUGCCUCGUUAAAAACGUAACUGUGACAAGAGUAACCUCAAAGCCAUUCACUCUUCGUUCUUUUUAUUCAGUUCCGGACAGCGCCCCCUUAAAUGUGACCUCACUUCCUGCCAACACUACAGCCUUGACAGUAAAAUGGUUUCCUGUCAUUGAAGAGGACAGAAAUGGUGUCAUACUGAGUUACACGGUCGCCCUUAGUAACAUCACAGGGGAAUUGAUGAGAAACGUAAGCGUUCAUGGCUCUUCAACAUUAAGUUUCACUUUAGGAGGACUGGACAUUUGGACAAAUUAUAGUUUAGAGGUUUGUGCCUUUACAGUGAAAGGAAAUGGUCCUUGGAGUGCACCUCUAAUAGGAAUUACAGAUGAAGAAGGUACGUUGUGACGUUCAAAAUAGCUAGUUAAAAACUACAAUCAUGGCCAAAAGGUUUUGGGACUCUUUUCUCAUGUUCAUGUACGGAAUCUGCAGCUAACCGCCGACAAUACAAACUCAUAAGAACUGUCUUACCACGCAAGGUUUCUCACCCUCCCCACCCCCUACCUCAGAGUUGAGGCGCUUAACCUGUGUAGGAUAUGUAAAAGGUAUUUGACUUAAAACACCUAACACUGUUCUGAAGGGGGGGGAGCCGCUGGUGGAGGGGAGAUUAGCUUGAUUUGCAUUUCCAAUACGUGAAAGAUAGACAAGGUUCCCCAAACGUUUUGACCAGGAUUGUAGUUGCCUCCCUUAAAAGUUGGUAGAAUGAGUAGAAAUUGUGGAUUUUGCCAGGUACACUGCAUUUGACAUCACUUCCAAUUACUCUAGGCAAGUUGUGCUUCGUGCAUGCUGACGCUAGUUUCUUUCAGAGUCCCAAUCUUUCCAACACUCAUAUACUACUAACGUCAAAAACGCAGUCGCUGUAAAAUGUUGUUGCCAGAAAAAAUCGUUGUCUGUUUUACAAAGGGGUAUCUCUGUGUCGGAGCCUCUCGAGGUUCUGCCCAUCUCAAGACUUUUCUGGAGGUCAGGCUGUGGCGAUGGUCUGACCGAAACGAUGAAUUGGUGCGAUGGUCUGGAGGAUUAUCCCUACCCGACCUAGCUCGAUCUUAGUCUUUCAAUCCAUCCGUAUGGGCUAUAGCUUUAAAAUAAAGUCUUUUUCCCUGCCUUUUUGAUCGCUAAUCCAAAGUUGUAUCAUUAUGUCAGCUCCACGCGUUGCACCGACGAAUGUCACCGCGUACAAUACCAGCUCCACCAGUCUUCAUGUCACGUGGCAGCCGAUAAACACAGAAGGCUUAAGAGGGAUCCUCAGGGAAUACCGCGUUUAUUUCAUUGAGCAGAAAACUUACUUUAUCCAGUCUCUCAGGAAUGUCACGGUGGAUUCAUCGACACUUGAAGUUGACUUAGUGGGUCUAUACAAGUUUACAAAUUAUUCUGUGUAUGUAGUGGCGAGGACAANGGGGGGGGGGGGGGGGGGGGGGGGUCCCAUGAUGCCUUUCUGAAUUUUAAAACGUCUCGUGUCGGUGUUUAUAAAUGCUUGUCGCUUAUUGUCGGCUUUGCCGUCACUGUCGUAGUUUGGCCGAGGGAGGUUGUCUCUUGUCGCGAUUUCAUUUUACGCGCUGUCGCUACUUUUUGGGCCAUGUCGCUUGUCGGAAUUUACCCUGGCAGGGCCUCACUAAGGACCUGAUCGAUCGACCUCCCGUCGACAUGCGCAGUAAUGAUUUUAUUUUCUUUUAUACCACUAAGGACCCGAUCGACCUCCUACUGACAUGCGCAGUAAUAAUUUUACUUUCUUUUUACCACUAGGACCCGAUCGACCUCCCGCCGACAUGCAGGUCUUUUCACCACAUUCCACAUCACUUUAUGUAAGCUGGAAUGAGGUGCCCGAUGCUUACAAAAAUGGUAUUAUAAGAGGAUACAAAGUUUACUACAUAGAGGUGAAAAAUGGCUCCAGUGUUACCGAAAACCUCCCUUCCGGACAGCGAUGGCUCCGAAUUGAUGGAUUAAGAAAGUAUACUUUAUACAAUGUCACGGUGUUAGCUUACACAGUAAAAGGAGACGGAGUGGUAACAAGUAAAGAACAUAAGACGGAUCAAGAUGGUAUGUCUGUUUCCUAGGAGACACAUUAACAUUUAUUUUUCUCUAGGACCCCUUCACCUCGGAUCAUUCAUCGGCGACAAGUUAAUGUCAGGCCAUUCAAAUGUGCAGUCUCUGCGUUCGACGUAGAAGAACGCACUUGCAUUAUGCCACAUUAGAAACGAGAGGGAACUGUGCCGAGUUAACGUUCGUAAAGACUUCUGGGACUGUUAAUAGGCCAAUAGCUGACUUCAGCGGCUCGUCCUCGGCAACAAUCCCAUAAGUCUGCGAUAGUUAAGUCGAUCCAUUUUCUUUCUUGUUGUAUGGGAGAAAGGUGAACAGGUCCGAGUCGAGGGACACUGCAAAUUUUAUACUGCGAAAUGCCAUCAUCAAGACAGAGAGAGAACCUGAAAUCGAGAGUGGUCGAACGCACUCUGUAAUCUUUAAUAUUACCUAAUUUUAGAUUUAUUUUCCCUAUGGUGAUUUAAUAUUUUCAGUGUUAACAAACGCAUGAACAAUGUGGAUUCGAGACUCCUUGGUUCUCGCGUUUAAGUUUCUUCAUUAGCAGUUAACCUAGCUGAGAUUUCUCUCCUUCAAUUUGGCUGACGGCCCAAAUUAAAUCUCUUAAAAAAUUAAUUUUACACCGGUGAUAAUUCACCGCCAGCCCAGUGACAGAGUUUCUUUGAAACUAACCCCUUCACCCAAAUUCAUAACCCUUUGGACUCUUGAACAUGGUCUGUCCGCUACAAUUAUAGAAGGACCCUAAUUUUGUAUCUAUUCUAACAAUAACGAAGCUCUUGUCAAGCAGUGAAUGUUUACUUUGCGUUGAUUGCUUUUCUUAAAACUUGUAAAUAUUUGCAGUUCCAGACGUACCCCCGCUCAACGUAGAAGCUGACAGUACUUGGACAACCUAUUCAAUUCCCCUGAGGUGGACCCGCAUUCCUUCGUACCUACUAAACGGAAUACUUACCGGUUAUAGAAUACGAUAUCAAGCUAUAGAAAUAGGCCAAUUGUCCUACGAGGAGAACCCCAGGGAAGUGAUUGUCCCCGCAGAAAGUGUAUCUACCGUACUGACCGGACUAGAGAGCUUUGCUGUGUACCGUAUAGAAUUGACCGGGCUGACAGUAAAGGGAGAUGGUCCAAGUGAAGUCAUUACAGCAGGUAAUCAGUGUUUGGCCGGUAUUAACAAUCGCAGGUUAUCAUUGGUGGACAAGGGGAGGGUGGCGAACGGGGACCCCACGUAGGUGAGGUAACCUGCCUGUUCAUAUAAUCUCUCAUUUUAAUGUGAUCGCAAUUACAUGAUAGGUGGAGGGACCCGGCACAUGUUACCUCACCUACCUGGGCUCCCCCACCUUCAUGUAAACAGGCCCUUAGUGUCCUUAGCUCCCACAAGUCUCCUGUGGCUCAGUGGUAGAGCAUCUGGACUAGUACCCAGAAGGCCGUAGGCUCGACCCCUCUUGGGGAGUACCGUAAUGAUUCGAUUUAGCGCCCUCCUCCCAAUAAGGCGCCCCUAUUCUAAUAAGCGCCAUUCUAAAAAUUCAUUGGAACAAGCAGCAUUUUUUAUGUAAGUGACACUGUCGAAGCUUUCGGUGCGGAAAUAGAUUAAAAUUCCCUCACGUUAGCUGAGCAUUCACCGUAGAUUUGUUACUGUUACAGUUUCUGUUAUUGUUCCUUUUUAAAUAAAUAUUAUAGUUUUGUCUUGAACAUUCGGUUGUUUCUCAAAAAAGAAAUAAGCGCCCUGUCUCGAAUAAGCGUCCUCCGUUGAGGCACCAAAAGUAAAUAAGCGCCCUGGGCGGUAAAUGAAAUCAGUACGGUACUUCUUACUUACUUACCGAACUACCUGCGUCACUGACUGAAAAAUCAUCUCUCUAAUCAUGUUCCCCUUGACAAGCUAUUUUUCUAAUAAUUAUCUUUAUAGAGACAUGUCGAUGUGUGAAGCGCCUUACAGCAAACUGGAUGUUACUCGCCCCUUACGUUACCAAGCCGAAUGGCAACCAAACAGAUAAUAUCCCAGGCGGUCUGGUGUCACCAUUUGUCAAUGACAUGGCAAUAUCUUGCUGUCAGUCUUGCAAGACACACGGGGAGUCUUACAUCGACUACGAGCUCAACGCCAUGGGCGAGGAAUCCCUUAAAAAAUCUGAAGACGUUUUCCGUAGGUGCGUGUGCAUACAUAUAACUUGUGAUCACGCUUAUUUACACGACCUUCCCUUGCUUUAUAAGGUCUUAUAAUUUAGAAUUUAGUUAGUCUUGAGGUAAAAAACAAUAUGAGUGGUUUUUGGCCUCUGCCUGAUAUUUUUUACACCGUUUUUCCCACCAAUCCUUAUAUGACAUAAUAGCAGCAAAACCACAGACCCAUUGGCUGGUUUCUUAUCUCUUUUGUUACCCUCAAUUCUUUUCACAGGAAUAUCCUUCAUUCAAACGACUUCAGCUUUCCUGUUUAUGGUUACAAACUACAAGACAAGUUCAGACACGAGUUUGGUUACUUGGGAAUCGUGGAAUCUCCUGGUAUAGCGUACGUCAUCAACACAAAUUACGGUGCCAAUAUGUCUACGUCUCUCGUGAAUUCUGUAUUUGCAAGCUGGCCUCUUGCUUUGUUCAGCAUCUUCCUUGCCUACAUAGCUGGAUACGUUAUUUGGAUAGUGGUAAGAUACAGUUGUCUCAACGUAUGAGGGAGCAGGGUAGGGAAGUACCUAGGGUAUCGGGGAAGUUCCUAGGAUAUCAGAUAACCCCCCCCCCGGCCUCUUGCCUUGUUCAGCAUCUUCCUUGCCUACAUAGCUGGAUACGUUAUUUGGAUAGUGGUAAGAUACAUUUGUCUUAACGCAUGAGGGAGCAGGGUAGGGAAGUACCUAGGGUAUCGGGGAAGCUCCUAGGAUAUCAGAUAUCCCCCGGCCUCUUGCGUUAUUUAGCAUCUUCCUUGCCUACAGCUGUAUACGUUAUUUGUAUAGUGGUAAGAUACAAUUGUCUUAACGUAUAAGGGGAGCAAGGUAGGUGAAGUUGCUAGGGUGUGGGGAACUUCUUAGGGUAUCCGGUGAUAUUUUCCGUUAUUUAGCUUGGGACAGGGUAGGGGAAAUACCUGGGGUGUGGGGGAAGUUCUUAUAUCUUAUAUCUAAAUCAUCUUUCGUUUCAGGACCAGACCGGAAAUGACGAACAUUUCCCACGCUCCUUUCUACCUGGAUUAUGGGAGGGAUUUUGGUGGGCGUUCGUUUCCAUGACAACCGUAGGGUGAGUGCGAUGAUCAAUUAAUCUUGGGAUUUCUUUGAUUCCAGGUAUUUAGCUGUAUGUGGCUUGUGAUACGUUUAGUGAUAAGGACUGAAUUAGGGCCUAAACUUUUAAGUAAAGGAAACAAUCAAGAAAAUGAAUCAAUAACUGAAAUUCUUCUUUAUAAGCUUUGAUUAAUUUAUGAUGGAGCAUAAAAUGAAUUCUUUAGAAACAAAAAUACGCUUUAAUAUAUGAAUAACUUCAUUACCAAGGCAUUUCUAGUUGAUUUGAAUAAAAAAUCGAAUCGCUCCUUGUAAGGCAAUCCAAGACAGUCUUGGAUUGUGGAUUACACGCCGUGGAUUCCGGAACCUAGAAACAGAAUCCCGAAUUCUUUGUCAGUGGAACUUGGAUAGUGGAUCAAAUUGUUAGCUGGAUUCCAAGUUCCUUGAGCUUUAUUCCGGAUUCCUAAGUCCGGAUUCCUCAAGCAAAAAUGGAAGGGGUCAGACUACAAAUUGUGGUUGCUGGAAGUCUUAACUUUUCAUCAUUUUUCCCUACUUCAAAAAGGGGCGCGAAUAUUAAAAUGGCUUAGGUUGAGUUUAUAUCAUUACGCCUAAUUUAAAUUAAUUUCCAAUGCGAGUUAUUCUGAAAUUCUGUAUCGCAGGUAUGGUGAUAGACUACCUUUAUCAACCAUUGCUCGGCUUGUCGCCAUUGUUUGGACGUUGACGGGGGUUGUUAUUCUUGGUAUAUUGGUCGGUUCCAUCGCAGUCUCCCUUACUUACCAAACAGUUGGAAUUGAUUACAAACUUUACGGCGCCAAGGUAAAUUUCCAUAUCAUGAUACCGUCGUAUGAUGGGCUUAGAAAACAUUUAUACCCUUCACUGAAAAGAUUUAUGAGAACUCUUUACCGACAGACUUAGGAAGGAGCCGAUUAGUAAUCGACUCCUGAUUUAAGGUAUGUUCGCACUAUACCGGUAGCGUUUGCGCCGGCGCGAAAACCUUAUCGGUUCGGGCUUCUAAUGUUCGCGCAUAAGAACCUUGAUAUCGGCGCGAUUUCUGUAACGCACGCGAAGAAGCGCCGCGCCGAUCUCUAAAGUGGAGCGUCACAUAUCGGAUAUAGUAUGAAUAUAUAGAGGAUAUUACACGGUGGCGCGAAGAUAUGAAUUUUAUUUUCGAGUGGCAAAACAAUAUUUUACGAACGAGCGCAGCGAGUGAGUAAAAUAUUGUUUUUGCCACGAGAAAAUAAAAUUCAUAUAUUCAAACCGCCGUGUAAUGUUCUUUUUAUUAUAUAGACAUGCUGAUGACGGCGUUUUUGAUGAUUUUCCGAAGAUUUCCGACCACCUUCCGAAGAUUUCCGAAGAUUUUCCAAAAUUGUUCGAAGGCCAGACGAACGUUCCCGAACAUUUUCCGAGAAUUUCCGAAAAUUUCCGAAGAUGUCCGAAGAUUUUCGAAGACUUUCGAGGAAGACCCGAAGAUGUUUCGAUGAUACACCAACGAAUUCAAUUACAAUUUAAGAGACAAACUUGAUAUCAAUGAAAUCAUCGAUAAACUCACGUGUGAGAUUAUGGAAAAUAAACCACUCGGGUCCCGGAUGAAGUUUUUAUGAAUUUUACGAGUGGUAUAUUUUCCAGUAAAACACUCGUGUCUAUAUAAUAAAGCUAGGUAAGCCUUGUAGUGCGAACAUAGCGUUAAUUGUUCGUAAAAAAAUUACUACUACUACGGGGUUCAUUGAUUGCACUUCUCUACCGCGUCUCCAAUUCUCUUCCACCUCAAACGAUUUUGUAAGAGUUAUCAAGGUGAAAAGGUUCUUGCUCGAAACUGGAGCCAAAUUUAAAGGGUCGCCACGUUCACCACGUUCUGUCUGAAAAGUGCGCCCGAAAACAUUGAAUAGAGCAACUUAAAAUCGAGUUUGGAAAGUAAUUAAAUACGUUUACGGUCAAACCCCGUUAAUACGAACACUGUGGGGAGGGGGGGGGGGGUCAUAGAAAGUGUCCAUACGAAACAACCUCGUUCCCAGGGUUCUCUCCUACCCGCUCCUACGGAUAGGAGAGAGAACCUGGGAAUGAGCUUGCGUACUUAAGGGGUGCCCGUAUUUAGCAGGUUGAAUUGAGGGAACAAGGACAACCGCUUGCGGUCUAAGGGAAAAUGUGAGAGGGCUUUUUCCCCCAAGGACAAGGAAAACUUCCCGUAAUAACGAGGUGUCCGUAUUAAGCGGGUGUCCGUAAAGCGGGGUUGGACUGUAGUUUGUACCAUAAAGAAUUAAUAUUGAAUUAAUAAUUUUUCAUUUCAGAUCGCUGCUAUCCAUGGUUCUGCCGAGUACAACUUAGGUUUGAGAAAGAAUGCUAAGUUUGACAAAGGUACAUAAAACGUGAUACCUGGACGCCUAACCGCUUAAGAUAAUUUUAGGCUUCCCGUAUGAAGCUACAAUACAUGUUAUAUAGGCCAUGCACGUCCAAUGAACUUUAUUGUAAUGUUAUUAUUUUUUCUUUUAAACUCAACAAUCUGCCCGCCUAUCUAACUGGCCACCUUAGAAACGAGAGGGCAACUGGCGCCGAGAUGCGUUCCGAAAUUGUUUCUGGGAUUGUUAUUAGGAACACGCCAGUCAGCUAUUGGCUAAUUUUUUCCCCUGUCCCUAGUAAUAGUCCCUGGUGCCAAAAAAAAGCCUGUGACUUUUACCAGCAAACUCAGAUUAAAAUCUUUCCUCGGUACCCUUUGCAUGCGUAGGUUAGCAGGCGAAAACGUAGGCUCAAUUAUCAGGCGCUGAUCGAGAAGGAACCAGGAUUUACCUAGGUGGUCGGAAAUCAAACCUGGGAAACUCUUUGAUUGCAUCGCACUUUCGUGAUGACAUUUUCAUUUCUCCAGACCAGAUACAUCGCAAUUUCGAGGAAAUCUACGAGUUUCUUUCUUCUAAUGAAAUACAAGGGGCCCUUAUCGACGGGUACAUGGUGGGUGGCAAUAAGCAUCUGUUUGAGAAACCGUUUCUCCGGAUCUACAAGAUCUAUGACUAUUCAAGUGUCUAUGGUGUGGUCACAGGGGGAGACUCGAGAAAGCUUGCAACGUGUUUU